AUGUUACUGGCAGCGGUGACCGCAACACUUGCCGGGUUCCAGGCCUUCACACUCCCCAUCCUUACCGCAACACUUGCCGGGUUCCAGGCCUUCACACUCCCCAUCCUUACCGCAACACUUGCCGGGUUCCAGGCCUUCACACUCCCCAUCCUUACCGCAACACUUGCCGGGUUCCAGGCCUUCACACUCCCCAUCCUUACCGCAACACUUGCCGGGUUCCAGGCCUUCACACUCCCCAUCCUUACCGCAACACUUGCCGGGUUCCAGGCCUUCACACUCCCCAUCCUUACCGCAACACUUGCCGGGUUCCAGGCCUUCACACUCCCCAUCCUUACCGCAACACUUGCCGGGUUCCAGGCCUUCACACUCCCCAUCCUUACCGCAACACUUGCCGGGUUCCAGGCCUUCACACUCCCCAUCCUUUUCCUUGCAAUACAACCUCAGGGCUUUCCCGAUGCAGGGAAGUCGUCCCGGCUAGCAGCAGUAACCGUAGUGCGGCCGGAAAUAGCAGACUACCCGUUCGCGACCCUCAUGCUGCUGCUGCUAUCCCCCCUCCUACCUUUGACUCCUGCUCCUCCUCCCGUCCCCUAUCAGGGCUUCCCCAAUGCAGGGAAAUCGUCCCUGCUAGCAGCGGUAACCGCAGCACGGCCGGAAAUAGCAGACUACCCGUUCACGACCCUCAUGCCUAACCUGGGCCGCAUGCCUGCCGACCCUGCUGGUCCGGAUGGGGGGUUUGGCGACGGACCUACCCUGGCGGAUCUGCCAGGGCUGAUCGAAGGGGCGCAUGUGGGGAAGGACCUGGGUCGCAUGUUCCUGUGCCCCCUGCGCCACACCACACCCGAGUGCUGCUGCACCCCCAACCUCCCUUUCCCCGCCACCUCCCUUCCCUGCUACCUCAUGCUUGAUGCUUCUCAACUACCCUUCUCCCUCCCAUCCUCUUCCCCUCUUUCUCAUCAGGGCCUGGGGUGCAUGUUCCUGUGCCACCUGCACCACACCCGAGUGCUGCUCCACGUGCUCGAUGCGUCGUCCCAACCUCCCUUCUCCGCUUUGUCCUUCCUCCCUCCCGUCCUCCUCCGCUUCCCCAUUCUCAUCAGGGCCUGGGCCGCAUGUUCCUGCGCCACCUGCGCCACCUGCACCGCACCCGAGGUCUGGGUCGCAUGUUCCUCCGUCACCUGCCGCCGCACCCGGGUGUUACUUCAUGUGCUCGAUGCCUCUUCUCAUUUGUUCGCUUCCAACCAACCGUCCCUCUCCGCCCAACCUUGCCUCUUCCUCCAAUUGCAUGUCUCGCUGCCACAUCCCCAUCAGGGUCUGGGUCGCAUGUUCCUGCGCCACCUGCACCGCACCCGCGUGCUGCUGCACGUGCUCGAUGCUUCUUGUAGAGAGGGCCUGGGCCGCAUGUUCCUCCGCCACCUGCGCCGCACCCGCGUGUUGCUGCAUGUGCUCGAUGCCUCUGCGCCCGAUCCCAUACAUGACUACGUGGUGUUGAGAGAGGUGGGGAGUGGUGUGGAUGGUCAUGGUAAGGGGUAG